AUUAUGAUUAAGGCAAUUCUCAUCUGUGUCUUAUUAUUAUCAGUUACUGCAGGACAUGUAAGAAAAACUCACAAAGCAGUUCAUAAUAAAAAAGCUAGAACUUUUAAUAGCGCUUUCUUUGAAUUUGAGAAUUUAGGAGAUAAAGAUUAUCAUUUGAGUGCAAAAGAGUCUUGUAAUUAUUUAAUUCUCUAUGUUUUUCUUAGAACACUGGGCCUAGAUAACAACUGACAAAGAAGUUUCGACCAAAAAAUAUGCAUCACUCACUGAAACUCAUUCUGACUAUGUUCCAGGAGUUGUUGGAGCUGUAGUUGAUCUUUCAAACAAUGCUGGUGUUUAUUCUUAUACAGCCACAGAUAUUAAUGGAAAUAUUCUUGAAUCUGAAUAGGGAGAUAAUUUGGCUAGUAAAUUGAAUGCAGCAUAUCUUGAAACAACCUCAAAAAUUUAGGAUUCCACACUGUAAAAUCUUUGAGAUUUAUAACAUAAACCAAUACAAU